GCCCUUGGAACCAUGAACAUUAUUGGGUCCUUGACUUCUUGCUACAUAUCUACGGGUUCUUUCUCAAGAUCAGCAGUGAAUUACAUGGCUGGAUGUCAAACAGCAGCUUCCAAUAUUGUUAUGUCCAUAGCAGUAGGAUUGACAUUGGCAGUCCUCACUCCCCUCUUCAAAUACACACCAAAUGCAAUCCUUUCCUCAAUCAUCAUCAAUGCUGUGAUUGGCCUCAUUGACUAUAACGCAGCUAUACUUAUCUGGAAAGUUGAUAAGAUGGACUUCAUUGCCUGCAUGGGAGCAUUUUUUGGUGUGAUCUUUGUUAGUGUUGAGAUUGGCCUCUUAAUUGCGGUUUCAAUAUCAUUUAUUAAAAUCCUUCUUCAAGUGACUAGACCAAGAAUUGUUUUACUUGGUAAUCUGUCAAGAACUUCCAUUUACAGGAACAUUCAACAAUAUCCUGAGGCAACUACAGUUCCUGGAUUUGUAAUUGUUAGAGUUGAUUGUGCUAUCUACUUCUCAAAUUCUAACUACGUCAAGGAGAGGUACAUAACCCAAUGACUUGAUGAUUCACCUAUGAUUGGAUGUCAAAACAUUCUUAUAAAUAGAAGAACCUAUGAUAAUCCCUCUUUAUUUCAUGAGUGUUUUUUUUUUAUUGUUUGUUUUUGCUUUAUUAUCAAGAGUUUAAUGUAUAUGAAACCUUUAUCUAGGGGUAUCAAUAUUUUACCCGACCCGAACCCGAAUCGGGUCGCGUUCGGUUUAGAGAUUUCGACCCGUCUGUAAAACCAGGUCAAAUUCAAGUUGACCCGGAAACCUGAAAUCAACCCGGUUUGACUUAUUUUUAAUUAAUUUAAGAGGGUUUUAAAAUAUUAUUAUGAAAUAAGUAAAUGUUAUUUCCAAAAAAUAAUAAACAAUAUUGCCCAAAUUAAAUUAAGCUUGGUUGAUUUUGAAUUGAUUAAAAUAAAUAUUACCUUAAUUUGAUUUAGGUUUAAAAAAUUUGAAUUAAAUAAAAAAAAAUUAGUAAAACAAACCUGAAGCGGGUCGGAUUCGGCUUGACUCGGACUAGAAGCGGGUCAAGUUCGAGUCCGGAAAACCGACCCUUUUGCAAAAACAAGUCGGGUUCGGGUCAUGUUGUAUAGUGCCGGGUCAGUUCCGGGUUGGACCCGAACCCGACCCAUAACCUGAUUUUGACAGCCCUACCUUCAUCUACUUGACUCUAGGCCAAAAUAUGUGAAUGUUCAGAACCGAAGCUUAAAAACAUGGCU